AUGGCACACUUUAAGCAGGCCAAUCUAAAGUUGAACCCUAAAAAUUGUGUGCAUAUAGUGAGCAGGGAUGGAGUGAAAACUAACCCGGAAAAGGUGAGGGCUGUGCAAGAAUGGCCAGAACCCAAGGAUAAAGAAGUGCGAAACUACCUUGGGCUCUGUACAUACUAUCGAAUGUUAGUAAGGAAUUUUGCCAGCAUUGCCAUUCCUCUGCACCACCUCACUGGCAAGCAUGUGCAUUUCCAGUGGAGCCAGGAAUGUCAAGCGGCCUUCAACUAG